AUGGCCGUUCUCGGCCUGGCGUCGGGAAAUCUCUACGGAGGUGGCGGCUAUCCGAUCGGCGGUGGCUUCCCGCUCGGUGGCUUCGGUGGCGGGGGAGCGAUCGGCGGGGGGACCGGAGGGAGCUUCGGGGGAUCCAGUCCCGGUGGGGUCUACGGAGGGACCCACGGGGCUGGGUUCGGGGCCAACUACGCGGGAGGACCAGGGGGUGGAGCCACCGGGGGGGCCACGUCGUCCGGGUACGGAGGGAGCUACGGCAAUCAGGGACCAUUCGGAGCCUCCGGGGGAAGCUACAGCGGAGACAAAAGGGAAGGGGAGGAAUCGGGAGCAGUCAGUCGUGGAACGUCUCUAGUCUGCUACUCUUCCUUCAUCAUGAAGCUCCUCGUGGUCGUUGGUGUGAUGGCCGUUCUCGGCCUGGCUUCGGGAACUUUCUACGGCGGUGGCUACCCGCUCGGUGGCUUCGGCGGCGGGGGAGCGAUCGGCGGAGCGACCGGAGGGAGCUUCGGGGGAUCCGGUCCCUUUGGGGUCUACGGAGGGAACCACGGGGCUGGGUUCGGGGGCAACUACGCGGGAGGACCCGGGGGUGGAGUCACCGGGGGGGCCACGUCGUCCGGGUACGGAGGGAACUACGGCAGUUCGGGACCCUUCGGCGCCUCUGGGGGAAGCUACGGCGGUGGGAGUGGAUCGGUCCAUGGAAGCGUCUUGGGACGCUAGAAGCCGUCACCGAUGCGAACUUCAUUUCAUUAUGUCAACAAUUGUCUGGAUUUCAUGAUUUCAUUCUUCUGCUGUUGGGUAGCCGACUGGGAAUAAAGUUCCAUUCUUCUUCGUUAAAAAAAAA